AUGACUAACACAAGUUGAAAUCAUUCUCCUUAAAACACUGGGUGCUUUUGUUUUCUAAUUGUUGACACUCAUUCACACAAGUGUGAAUUCAAUUUUACCAUCACUUAGUAUUUGACAAAAACUCUUUAUUAUGUGAAACCAUAAAUAAAUAAAUACACACACACAGGUGUUGAACUUAACCAUGAUGAGCAGGUUUGAUAAGUGUCAAUUAGCUCUCUGGCUACACUGUCUAUUAAGAGAAAAGAAAGGAAAAAAGAAAAAAAGUCCUCUUCAAAUUUGUAAAAUCAAAUCUGGAAAUUAAUCGGCUGGUUUGUGAUGUUAAACACAGUCUGUUUGUGAACGAGUUCCUGUGAAAUUUGCAGCUACUGUUUUCAAUUUGAAACACGUUAUGCAAAACGUGGUCCUUUCUCCAUUUCUUUUGGUUGUGGUGCGCAUGUGACGUUUUCGGUGAACGCCCCUCCCCUCUGCAAGCUGUUGUUAUUCCCAAUCACAUUUUAAAUCGUCCGGUUUGUGUUUUGUGCUUGUCCGCCCUGUCUUCACAGCAGAGGUAGACAGCUGAUGAUGAGCCUCUGGGUUAUAUUUAAAGCCCUGGGAAAGCGGAAGCCUGGCCUGCCGUUUGUUAUCAGCUGAGGACUGGUAGCUAACACAGGGCUGAACAGCAUAUCAGGAGCUAGCUACUGCCACUUCACUUUGACCGGUGCUGUGAAUUCUCACAUAGUCACAGCUAAAAAUGAACCGAGGAGGAAAUAAAAAGAUUAUUAGGGCGAUAAUGCCCACUGCCGUGAAGCAUUUGUAAGAAGAAGACACGGGAAACUAACCCAACGCCCGGAGAGCAGAGUUUAUCCUUCCUGCUCCCCAAGUCAACUUUCGCCUCUGACCGUUUACACCCUCACCCCCCACCCCUGCGACCACUGUAACCAUGACGACAGGGGGCUGUUGCCACCUGCCCGGCUCUCUGUGUGACUGUGCGAGCACCACUGGCCUGUGGAAGAGCGUGGAGGAAGCAGGAGGUGACGGCUGCCAGGCUCUCUACGUCACCCAGGUCACAGCUAUAGAUGGACGGUUGCUCUCGUCUGUGCUCAAACCCAUGAGCACACAGAGUGACGGUCCCAUCUGCCGGAUUUGCCACGAAGGGGGCAACAGUGAGGGUCUCCUGUCUCCAUGUGACUGCACAGGCACCCUGGGCACGGUGCACAAGAGCUGCUUGGAGAAGUGGCUGUCGUCUUCCAACACCAGCUACUGUGAGCUGUGCCACACAGAGUUCAGCAUCGAGCGCCGACCAAGGCCUCUCACAGAGUGGCUGCGGGACCCCGGCCCUCGUAAUGAGAAGAGGACGCUGUUCUGUGACAUGGUGUGCUUCCUGUUUAUCACGCCUUUAGCAGCCAUUUCAGGCUGGCUGUGCCUGAGGGGCGCUCAGGACCAUCUUCAGCUGGGGAGCUGGCUUCAGGCCGUGGGCCUCAUAGCCCUCACCAUCGCCCUCUUCACCAUCUAUGUCCUGUGGACACUGGUAUCUUUCCGCUACCACUGUCAACUGUACUCUGAGUGGAGAAGAACAAAUCAGAAAGUACGUCUGCUCAUUCCUGAAGCCAAGGAGUCUAACUCUUCCCAGCAUUCCUUGCUUUCUACCAAACUGAUGAAGUCGUCUGCAAACGAGAGUAUAGUAUGAGACCAAAUGGAGAUGGUUGAUGAUAAUGGUGUCUUUUAUGUGCGGGGGCUGAUUUUCAACACAUCAAGCCCACCAGCUGGCCUUUACAGAAGCACUUGUGGGCUUUUUUGUUGCUUUUUCUUUGCCCCAUCAGUAUGUAAUUCACUUCACUUUUUUAAAAAACCAUGUCCUGGAUGCAGAAAUGAGCACAUUUAAGUGGAGUUUGUCUGCCCUCACGCUGGGUGUUGAUCAAACUUAUGCAAAGUCAUUGAGGAAUGGAACAGCACAGAGAGUUGUGCAGAGACGUUUACAUGGGAAUGGUCUCAUCACCAUGGAUACAAAGAUAACUUUAGAUAACACUGGCAGUGGAUGAAAUGACCAAACUAACUUGUUUAGUGGGUUGGGAAAUGUUCUAAUGAUUGUUCUGCUUAGUUUAAACAACCCAUCGAUGGUCCACAUAUGAAUGCAGAGUGUAGCAGGCCCAUUCAUUAUUUUGAUGCAAUGAUGAAAGGGUUUAAACUGCUAGAUACAUGUCAUAUGUGGGCCCUUACCUACAUUGGCCUUGUAUUCUCUUAACAGUGAUGCCCACUGAUGAGCUUUUUUCAAACAGUUAUUGUGUGAUUUCACGUUAAUCCAGAAAGGAAGAAUGAAAAAUGUCAGAUCUCACAUGUUAGUGUUCUGUUUGUGAUGAAAUUUUUUAUUUUAGCACAAGCCUGCUGGACUUACUUACAUUUUUUUUUUCUCGCAUCUGUUCUUGCAUCUGUUCCAAGCUUGGAUGGCAGCAUAGCAUUAGUAAAACCAGAGAUUGUGCAAUAAAACACUGUGGACAUGGAGAUCCUCACAGUACAUGAGGAGACCUCCACCAUCAUGCACAGUUAUGCAUGCAAGCACUGUUAAUAACUUUUGGGGAUCUUAUUUUUUUAGUGUUAGUGUCUUGUCAAAAUCCUUUUGUGGUUUAAAAAGUUUGUGGUGAGUUCAAAAGAAUUACUAUUCCUACCGAAGUAGGGUUUAACAGUGUCCUCAUAGAGGUUCAUGUAUUUUCAGCACUUAUCAAGUAGGUCUUGUAUUGGUCGAUAGAAAACUCAAUCAAAAUGCCUUUUAGAGGAACAUUUCCACAGGUUCUUGGUUGGCUGCUGCAGUGUACUGAAGCAUCAUUCCAAUUGGCUGUUAAAAUGCACAAUUAUAGUGAAUUUAAAAAAAAAAAAGAACAUACAGCAGUGUACAGUUUGUGUAGUUCCCAUAAUCACACCGAGAAUCAGGGAUACAGAAAUUUCCUGCAAGUAUUUAUCACUGAAGUCAUCAGUUUGUGUGAUCUGAUGGAAAGCAAAACUCUUAGAGGUGGUGUGUAGUGCUUUUGCCAAUUUAACCCAAACAUUACCCACCAACAGUGACUUUCAGUGUGGGUGCAUUAUGCAAGCACACCUCAUCAUGUUUUGAUGUUAACUGACCAUUUGGGAUUGGAUGUAUUGUUUGGGAGAGUAGAGAAAAUUCACUUCUCUUUCUUGUAUAUAGUUUGGUGCCAUUCAUCAUGAAGUCACUUCUAGCGGCUGUUCUACCAGUGAGAAAACACCAACCACAGAGUAUGCUUGGUUUCUUUACUUCAGUCCACUUAAUUUAGAUAAUGGGAAGACGGUUAAUUGCCGCUUGAACGCUCUAUGGCCUACAGUAAGCCUGUGAUUCAGUAAUAUUGUGCAGAUCUUACUAUUUGUAAGCAUUUAAUUUAUAGCAGAAAUUAGCUGUAGGACUACUUUUUAGGACAAUACUCCCAAGACCAGUUACUGGCUUUUGGAUUUGAUUCUUCUCUAAACGAUGGAAGGACGUUUAUAUUUUAUAUUAAUGUGUGAUCAUACUUUUCAUUAUAAUACUUUGAUUGUUGUCUUGUUCUUCCUCUGUGCUUUCUGUUAGCCUUCUCCAAGGUGUCAAAGUGAAAGCAUGAAUUCAUUUUGCAGAGGCAUUCAGCUCUGGCAAAUUGCAAACAUACCCAGUACAUCACCUAUGGUGUAAAGAGGCCAAACAUCUGGACUUAAUGCAGAAUUGAGUUAUUUGUGUUUUUGUUUUUUUAAUUUAAACUGCAUGUAUAUUUACUUCAUAACAAUCAGGCUUGAAGAAUAUUUGACUUGAGCUAAACUGGUGUGUGUUGUGGCAGUGAGUUUCUAACAGUCAACACAGACCAUUUGACCUUCUCAGAGCAGAUUUUGGUUAUUGGCUUUUGGGAAGCAUCAAAAUGUACUGAAAGAUUUUCCUUCUGCACUUUGAAUUUUUAUGCUACAGAAAUCUUGUGAUCUGAAAUAACAUUUCAAGUGUAGUGGCUCCUUGAGGUUGUUGUAAAACAGCCACGGGGAACAGGGUCCAUCUCAGCAGUGCUUUUUGCUGGGAAAUUGACAUAGGUUAUUUUGGCCAUGAAUUUGAGCAGCCAUGUUUUUUAAUAUUUUAUCUGUUGGACUGCUCACAACGUGGCAUUACCAGUGACCAUUGUCUGUAAGAGUUAUUCCCUGGCCCUGGCUUUUUGUCUACACUAGCAUUACACUUUGGUAGUGUAAGGUCCUGUUGGUUUGUCCCACAUACUGCCCCAUUUAAUCGUUUGUUUGUGUUUUUAACUGAUCUCAGAACAAAGGAUUAUGUCCUGCAGUACUGCAAUGCACUCGGCGAGAGGGGGGGAUUGCAAGCUUAUGAGUCAUUUGAUCAUACAUUUGUUUACCAUUUGUCAUGAACAAGACUUUAAUCCAAGUAUUGGGAUCUGCUGGGGCUGAUACUGAUUUGAAGCAGUGUAAAGAGCUGGGCUGAGGUGAAGUUAUUCAAAACUGCUUGCCUUUUAGAAACAACUAAAUUCGAAGAUGAUGAUUGGCCUGUGAUGGCACUGACCGCUAUGAUCUCUUUUAAUUUUACAGUAUUUUAUUGUAAGUUGCAAAGUAUGUAACACUGCUUCUUCUUUGGUUGUUCAGGGUUAUCAGAGCUACAUGUAUCCGAUCCUCAUGACUCCAAAGGGAUUCAGGCGUGAUUAUAGUUUGACCAUAAUUCAAUACUUAUGUUUAAAGGCUUCCACGAUCAGAUCAAGAAAGGGAUUUUUUUUGUUUUCCUGGUUUUAUAUUACAUAAAUAAACUUGUAAAUGUUACUUAUGUUUUAGAACAUUUUUGUAAUCUUUUAAGCUAUGAAUUUGGAUGUAUGCGUGUGUUUAUAUGUACUAUUUGUAAUUUAUGUUGCAAUUCUUCAGUAUUUGCACUUUUUAAAUACUUCAACAUUUAUGGCGCGCUGUGGGAGAAAAGGAUGUCUUCAAAACAUUGGUACCUGCAAUCAGCCAAGAAGUGUUUGCAAAGCAAAUAAAACAUGAGGUGAAAUUAUGA